AUGAGGUUGGCUGCUCUUGCACUGGUGGCAUUGCUCCAGCUUGCCUCGGGGCAAGAUACUGGCCCAACGUCCACAGUAGACUCUGCCGCGGCCACCACCUCCACCAACAGCGCGAGUGGUACCACUGCAACUGGUGCUGCCGCCACUCAAUCAGCGAACACCACAACUGCAGACCCAAUUACCAAGACCAUCGCUGUUGGUUUGGGCGGUCAUGUCUUCAGUCCAAACGUCGUACAGCUUUCUCCAUCAAACUUUGUUGAAUUCCAAUUCUAUCCGACAAACCACUCAGUUAUCCGGGCUGAGUACAAAUUUCCAUGCAUACCCUAUGAGAUGACGGGUGUGGACAAGGUUGGGUUCGACUCGGGCUUCAAGAUCGUCGACGCCAUUCUGCCCGAUCCGCCAAAGUUCACAUUGCAAAUAAAUGAUACUGACCCAAUCUUCUUCUACUGUGGAGCUCCGGGAUCUUGUAUAGACUGGCAAAUGGUUGGUGUGAUAAAUCCAAACGCAAGCGUCAGUCUGGAAGUACAGAAGCAAUAUGCAGCGAAUUCAUCGUUCAUGCUCCUUCCCGGCCAGGACUGGCCCGACGAGUCAACAGACCCCUUCACUACCUCGAGUACGACUUCUGCACCAACCGGAAGCUCGACGACAGGCUCAUCUGCUGGUUCAACUUCGACAUCAGGAGCAACUGAAAGCCAUAGCCAUGGUCUCUCUACCGGUGCUAUUGCUGGUAUCGCCAUCGGUGCUGCUGCAGUUGCAAUCGCUGGAGCGGCAUUUCUAUUCUUUUGCGGCCGCAAAUCCCGUCGCAGCGACAAGAACGGUCCCGCCCCAUCGCAACCAGCCAUGGCCCCAGCUCCCCCUGCAUAUGUGCCGCCUGGAGGUUUCGACUAUCGCAGUUCAAUGCAACCGUCAGUCAUGUCGCCUGUGAUGAACAAGCAUAUGUCUGGUGUUUCAGCCGCUCCUGUGCCUAUCACCGACGCCUUUGGAAAUCCUACCGGGCAGUAUGCUCAGCCACAGUACCCUGCUGCUUAUCAGCAGCCAGGCUACCCACCACAUAUGACCCCUCAACAGCCAUAUGGCUGGCCAGGCUCCCCCGCGCAGGAUAUUUUCGGUCAAGUAUCAACACCACUUGCGCAUGAAAAUCAACCUCUAGUUGCAGGUAGUGAAUUACACUCUCAGCGAGCCAGCAGUCCAGGAUCUACUGGUGUUGCUCCUCAACCGCAGAGUGGAGGUAUUGAAGGAUUCCUACAACGACAGAACAGAAUGAGCCCUGCACCUGAGCAUGAGCUUCAUAAUCAGCAAACAACACCUCUGAUGAGUCACCAACGACAGACUUCAGCAUCUGGACCUUUCGAAAUGUCUGCCAACCGAUAA